AUGACAACUAGUUUAGAUUAUUAACUUAAAGUAUAAAUUGACUAUUUAAAUGAAUUAUAAAGCAAAGCCUUAAUUAUUUUGUUAUCAAAGUAAUAAAAAUUAAAGAAGGACAUAAUGAAUUAAGAUAAAUUUACUGAGAUAUAGAAGUUAAUCUUGAUAAUCUAAAUCUAUAAAUUUAAUUGUAACCUUACAAACAGAUAAUGGUGA